CAGGCCUCACAGGCCUCACACACACAGGCCUCACACACACAGAAAAGAACCAAACACACUCCUAACGCAGACCAGGAGAACACACAGGAUAAACAGAUACCUCAGAACCAGAACCCAGAAACAGAGCGGACUCAAAACCAGAACCCACACACAGAGCGGACUCAAAACCAGAACCCACACACAGAGCGGACUCAAAACCAGAACCCACACACAGAGCGGACUCAAAACCAGAACCCACACACAGAGCGGACUCAAAACCAGAACCCACACACAGAGCGGACUCAAAACCAGAACCCACACACAGAGCGGACUCAAAACCAGAACCCACACACAGAGCGGACUCAAAACCAGAACCCACACACAGAGCGGACUCAAAACCAGAACCCACACACAGAGCGGACUCAAAACCAGGAGGGGAGCCUGGAGAGCACAGGCGCACCAACCCACAUACACAGAGAGAGGUUUGAGGAGCUCUAUGUGAAAGGAGAACUGAUUGGACACGGAGGCUAUGGGAGUGUCUAUGCCGGGUUCAGGAAGACAGACAGCCAACCGGUGGCGCUGAAGUUUGUGGACCAGAGGAAGAUAAAGAUGUGGGCUAAAAUGUCGGAGAGUAAAGAUGUGUUGCCAUUGGAGAUCGCUUUGCUGCAGCAGGUGUGUCGCUUGCCCAGGAGUAGAGGCGUGGCCCAACUCCUUGACUACUAUUGGAUGCCAGGGCCAGAGGGGGCAGGCAUAUAUCUGCUGGUUCUAGAGCGUCCAAUCCCCUGCUUGGAUCUCUUUAAUUAUAUGCAGGAGGGGAGUGGCUACUUGGAGGAGGGGAUGGCACGUCAUGUGAUGCAGCAGGUGGUGUCUGCUCUGCUCCACUGCCACUCCAGGGGUGUGGUCCACAGAGACCUGAAACCUGAGAACAUCCUGGUCCAACUGACCAAUCACAACGUCCUGCUGCUCGACUUCGGCUCCGCCUCAGUACUCAAGGAGGGAGAAUACACCGAUGUGGCAGGUACACCUGAGUAUCUUCCUCCAGAGACAGUACUGAGAGGGGAGUACUUUGCUGUUCCGGCCACCGUGUGGUCGCUAGGGAUACUGCUUUUUCAGAUGGUGUGGGGUGACGUUCCUUUCUACAGUGACGCAAGCAUCGUCAAAGCAACCCUCUACUUUCCACGUGGAAUAUCCAGAGAUUGCCGUCACCUGAUUCGCCGGUGCCUCGCUGUCAGUCCAGACGACCGGCCAACCCUGGAGCAGAUACAGCAGCAUCCCUGGAUGCGAUAGAAUAGACUAUAUUUCAUCUAUAAAUGUCCCAAAUAAACAUGGUCAGCAUUCCUAUUCAUGUCAUCCCUGACUGAUAGUAGAUAAAACGAUAUAGCAAGGGGAUUCAAAUCUUACCCUACGAGGUUCAGAUUACUGCUGGUGUUCUACCUGAUAAUGAAUUACACACGACUGGUGUCACAGGUUAAAAUCAGGGAUAACAUGGGAAAAGAAAUCAGUGGAACUGGUUUACAGGUCCAGCGUUUAAUUUGAGGGGUAUAUGGUAUUGUAGCGACCCGCACAGACAGCUGUGUGUUAUGUGUUAGGCUAGGAGGUGGUUGUGUUGUACUGACCAGUACCCGGCGUUCGCGGGGUCCAA